CGCAAAGUUUACGUGCCCUUCCUCCUAUGCCUGCCACGCCUAUCUCUACUCCAAAGUCUCCCUUGUAGAAUCCAACCCCGACUGCGGCCUUCCACGUGCAGUGCCGACCAAGAAGAUGAAGACUCAGAUUACCAUAGCCAGAGAGGGACGCGUGGAGCAACUGGAGCAGGAGCUGGUGAAUAAAGAUCGAAGAGUUCUAGAGCUCCAGCAGGAGAUAGGAUCUCUCAAAAGAAUCCAGAGGGAGCAAGAGAAGGCUCUGAAGAAAGAGGCAGAAGGCGAUAUAGCAGAACAGCUGAGGUAUACAUUAGCAGAAGCGCGCGCAGCGAAGGACAUUUCCCGAAAGCUACGUCAGCAACUCAGACAACAGGAUGAGCUCAUAAAGAAGAAGGACAAGGAGUUGCUGAGAUUGACGGAUAAAUGUACCCGACUUGCGGAUGCAGUCAAGGCUCUGCCGGCGUCAGAACCAAAGCCAGAAUCUGAUGUUUUGGAGAAGGAACAGGAAAUUCAGGCUCUGCAGCAACAACUGGAGCUGUUGUUGAAAGCUAAGGACCAUGAUGCCAGGUUGUACUUCCAGACACUGAAGGAGAAGGACAAGGAGUUAUGCCGCGAGAGAGAAAGGUCUGCAUUGUUGAGUGAAAUGCUUGCGGAAAAGGAGCAAGAGCUUCGCUCAGCUCUUGCAAGCCCCCCCAAGGACAACCUUCGAGGUGACCGGUUACCGCCUCUGCCACCUGUGAAGAUGAGCGAUCAGCCACCGCCUGAUAAUGCUUUCACUGAGAAAGCUCUGUCCCUUCCGCAAAUCCUGAAGUCCCAGUUCCUAUCCUUGCUCCCCCGUCGAAAACCGCUGCAGCUGGAUAGACUCCCCAAUCAACCGGAUGCUGUAGAGAGGGCCGUUGAAAGAGAGUCGUUCCAUAAAGAUAAUGUGCAUCCCCCUGUGUCAGCUGCAACUGUUCCCGGGCUGAUUGACGUAACAACAGCUGGUCCAGGGACAGCAAUAGGAAUGAAAAGCAAUCCAGCUGUGACUGUUCCAGGGCUGAUUGCUGGAGCAACAGCUGGUCCAGGAACAGUAAUAGGAACGGAAAUCGAUACAAGAAAGGCUGCUGGCAAAAUAGUCGAGUCUGGUCUGGCUGCCGGAGGUAUUCAGCCUGAGGAGCGCCCCGGCUUGGUGAGGAGAGGUGCAGGAGGGAAGGAUGGCGGUGCACGUUUACGACUUCGCACCGAGAUAUCGCCACACUCGCGUGCACGGGAGCGGCAUCGAAAGCAUUCGGAAAUUGGUGCUGACAAGAAUGGCGAUGACGAGGUCGCGUACAAGUCACCGAACAUGCCGGCAGAACGGGCAAGUGGCGAGAAUGGUGAAAGGGAGGAGCAAACUGGGAGCUUGCGCACUGGUUUCCAAAGAGCGAAGCAACGUAAGUCAAGUCGGCCUAAGUCAAGUCGCCCUGAGAAGUCCCACGUUCGAACGCCACCUCCAUGCAGUUCUUCGCCGGAGGGAGGAGAGGAGGAGGGUAGCAGUCCUGCUUCUCCUCUGGUAGUUCAGGAGAAUAAUGGAUACCUAUCUAAGUCCUUGAGCAGUGAGGAUGACAUCGAUAGGGUGUGUCAGCUGGCAAUAAGACGCAGUUCUAUAUUCUGCGAUUGGAGGUCUGCAGGCGGAAAGAUUGAGUGCCGCGGGAUCAGCCGUUCAAAACAGGGCCCCGUCACCGAGCUACAAGAGAAAAACCCUAACCCUAACUUGCCUCCAACGGGUUCCCGAGCAGUUGUCAUGGAGCUGCUGUGCGACAAAAGCCCGCAAUCACCUCCAGGACCAGUUAGUGACAGAGGAUUGGGGCGAAAGCGAAGCAGGCCAGACAAGACGGGAGAGAGCAUAUUACGAAGAGAAGUGAAUCAGCUUCAACAAGAAGGUCAGGUGCGCCAAAACGAUGUCACCGAAGCUGCCGUGGACAACAACAACAACAAGGGAUGGUUAAGCACCAAGAAGAGGAGGAGCUUUUUGCCGCAGAUUUUUUCCGGAUCUAGCGCAGAGGAGCAGGCCACAAGGAUGCAGAAUGACGACGCACCAGGUGUGCCUGGGUCCCAAAUGGGUAGUCCAUCUCAGGAGCAAGUGGCUGGGGACUCUCAUCAACUUGCAGAGGGACGGCUGAAGGCCCACUCCACUCUGCGACUUGUGCCCCAGUUCAAGGGGGGGGUAGUUUUGCGACUUGCGCCACAGUACAAGGGGGAGUUUUGUGACUUGUGCCACAGUACAAGGGGGAAAGUUGGCUGUGACUUGCAUCCACUUCUGCGACAUGGGGCAGUUGUGCGACUUGUGCCCCAGUACAAGGGGAGUUUCGCGACUUGUGCCACAGUACAAGGGGCAGUUGUGCAACUUGUGCCACAGUACAAGGGGCAGUUGUGCAACUUGUGUCACAAUACGUCGGAAUUGGCGAAUGGAGGAUCAGGACGGGUCCCGAUGGGUGGUAAAGUGAUUGGAAUGGACCGAUCAAGGAUCCCACACGCGUGUGGACAGUCGAGAUGGGGAGAUGAAGGGGUGGUAUGGGUCGCGAUGGGUCGGGAUGGGUGGCAGACAGGUUGGGAUGGACCGAUUGAAGAUCCCAAGGGCCGAAUGGACAGUCGGGAUGGGGGCAGGAAGGGAUGGGAUGGGUGCAGGGAUGGAACAAUGAAGGGCAAGGAUGAGUGGGGAGGUGACCCGGAGGCCAUAUACAGGUCCUCGCAAGAUAUGUGUGCGGAGCAGUGGCAGACAACCAUGCUUUGUGCAGAGGUAUACCUAUGGGGUUGGGCUCAUGCUAUUGAGCUGAAGCUGCUGGACGGAUGGGCAGACAGACACGACCAGAUCAGCUGCACAAGUGAGGACAGCUGUAUGACCGGCGAGAGCGCAAACAUAGCAGCAGCAAUGGGACCUGGCACUUCGAUGCAGAUGCCACUUAGACACGUCCAUUACGGCAUGGGAAUCGUGAACCUGAUGGCAAUCAUGCUUAUGCUCAAGAUUUGGUAGGUGGCACGAACAUAGCAUCAGUGCGACCUGGCCCGUAGGGUGGUCUAUACAUUUCUCUAUCCUCGAGUAUGCCGGCAGUCAUCCCUGCGAUCAGGAGUCAACUGUCGCGGCGCAAAAAAAAAAAAGUCGCGUCAGACCUUCACGGCCGCCGAAAUGAAAAUUGUGCCAUCAG